AUGUGUAAUGAGUGUCGGUCCAGAGGCAUGAGCUGCGUUGAUCAAGAACAUGCGGUGAUUACCCCUCCGUCAUCCGGCUACCAGCGGAACUCUCAACCUGGCGAACAGCCAUACAGUCUCCGCGAACGAGUUGCGCACCUGGAGAACCUUGUGGAGGGGUUGACCAAGCGACUAGACCAACGGAACUCUAAUACUUCGUCUUCGGACGGUAUAAAAGCACAUUCAAGGCCACUGGCAACCGAGCCAGACGAACUAGGCCCAUCCAGUGACCAGAUUUGCAAUGCGCCGAUACUACAACUGUUUGACAACUAUCUCGUGAGCCGCCAAGAGGACUCGUCCAAUAAUGAUAAAUUCGCCGGUGUUCAGGACAUGUCGCCAAAGGCCGAAGCAGUACGUGCAGAACUCAUGUCUCUUCUUCCUCCCGCAGAUGAUAUAAAUAAAAUAAUCAACGCGUCCUUCCAUUGGUUCGUGUGGCAGGACCAUCUCCCAGAGCUGUUCGAUCAACAUGCCGACAGACUCGUUUUAAAGGAAAAUUGUCGCGAUGAUCUUGUGGCUCCCGCCGAAGUUGCUAAGGCGCUAAUGUGCCUAUGUAUCAGUGCGACUCUUGCCCCGGGUGAUUUUGACUUUGGUACUUUAACCGUACCCUUUGAGCCUCAAAAAUUCUCCGAUCAAUGCAUUGAGAUGGUGGACCGUUUAAUCGCCCGCGAUGACAACUUCGCGGCUACCCUGCCUGGUAUAGAAUGUCAGAUGUUGCUCUAUAGGGUUCACUUGACUGAUGGCCGGCUCCGGAAAGGUUGGCUGGUGAUCCGUCGAGCAAUCGAGUUUGCCCACUUAGCUGGAAUGCAUCUGUCCACCAAGGUUCCAAGGCCGGGCGACUCUUUAUAUGAGAGGCGCUUGAAAAUUUGGUGUUCUCUGGCAACUUCGGAUCGAUUCCUGAGUUUGAUUCUUGGCCUGCCUUAUGGUAUCAGCGACCCAUUCUUUUUGCCCCAGAUGGAGCAACGUCUCAAUUCAAAAUUGUCGGCUCCCGAGGAAUACCUGUUGCGUAUUGGAAGUAUCACAGGACAUAUGGUUGAUCGAAACCAAGACCCUUCCAAGAUGACUCUCGCAGCAACGUUGCGACUGGACCAAGAGCUGCAGGAUUCUUGGGAAUCUAUGCCAAGUCACUUCCAAGCCGCAGAGCCUUGUCAGGAUGAGAAACGGGAACACUAUGUUGAGAGAGUCCCAUUGCAAUUCAUGUUCAAGCUGCUGCGUGCUCUUCUCCAUCUCCCCCUAAUGCUGCAAUCUCCCCACGAUCGUCGAUUCCGUCCCUGCCACGCGAUCGCCAUUCAAUCCGCAAGGGAAGGACUCGUUUUAUACAAGGUCCUCCGAUCCAAUAUCAAGCCCUAUUUGUGCAAAAUGAUUGACUUUAUGGCCUUCACGCUGUGUCUUCUUUUGAUCAUCCACCUGCAAGGCUAUUCCGAUGAGGAUCCAGCUCACAGCAAAGAGCAAGAUGAGCAAGACUGGGAAAGUCAUUGA